AUGGGAUGGCUGCAUGUGGAAAAACCCCGCAGCCCUCCUGGCGGAGGAGUUCUCAGGGGUUAUCGUCCGCUCCGCGGAGGAGGGCCUAGGGCAACGUCACCCCAGGGGGUCGGGGGGGGGGAGUACGAGUGGUGGACGACUGAACUCGAUAAGACUAGAAGGUUACAAUGUAAACUCAGGCAUGCAUGGCAGAGUAAAAGGCGUCUAGGAGGUAGGUCAGAGGAGAUAGCCAGGAUGGCCUUCCACAGCGUGCGUGCGAGAUACAGGAAGAUGAUGGUGGAGGCGCAGCAGUCGCAUCAUAUGAGGGUUGCCAACUCUGGCAACGAGGACCCAUGGGGUAUGGCGUACAGGGUGGCUAGCGAGAUGGUACGACCGCCUGCAAACGUGAUCAAUGGGAUCGCCUUUGCGGGUGGGCACCCGGACAACAUCGAGGCAGCGAUGGUCAACCUAAUGUCUGCGCUCUGUCCGGAUGACAGACCUGAUCACGACAUGCCUUACCAUCAGCAGGUCCGCCUACUGGCGGCUUUCAUGCCGUCUGGUAGAGCUGCGUCUCCGCCUGCAGUUGAGGAUCUGGAAGUAAUAGUCAAGGCCUUGCCUAACACAGCUCUGGGACUCGAUGGAGUGAGCGCGCGAAUUGUGAAGAAUGUUUGGAUGGCAGCACCGAGGAAAUUUCACUCGGUGUACGCCAAGUGCGUGGUAGAGGGGGUCUUCCCCAAGGUAUGGAAGGACGGAAGAUUGAUUGUCAUUCCAAAGGGUAAUGACAAGCCGCUCACCGAUGCCAAGGCAUACCGUCCGAUAACGCUCCUCCCUGUUUUGGGAAAAGUAUUGGAACGCGUAAUGUUAAGAUGUGCUUCUGCGAUUAGUCGCGAGAUAUCUGAGCACCAGCACGGUUUCUCUCCGGGGCGAUCUACGGUAACAGCGCUGCGUGUCUUGCUCAGCACGGCUAGGUAUUCUCGAGCAUGCUACGUACAGACAAUCUUUCUGGAUAUCUCCGGCGCCUUCGACAAUGCCUGGUGUCCGAUGAUGAUGGUGAAAGCGAAACGAGGUGGUUGUCCACCAAACAUUUACAAAAUGCUGGUGGACUACUUCACCUCCAGACGUGUGGGCCUCUACAUCGGGGACCGGGUAGAGUGGAAGACAUCGACUAUGGGAUGUCCUCAAGGCUCUGUGCUGGGCCCUACACUGUGGAACGUAUUGAUGGACGACCUACUCCGACUCCCUCUGCCUGAGGGAGUAGCCAUGACUGCCUAUGCUGUUGAUGUUACAAUCUUGAUUGAAUCUAAUACCAGAGCGGGUAUCGAAUCCAGGGCUAGAGUCACUUUGGACCUUGUACGGGAGUGGGGGCUAAGGAAUCGACUGGAGUUUUCCUCAUCAAAGUCGACCACCAUGACUAUUAGAGGGAAACUUCAGCGCCCCCCGUUAUUAAACUUGGUAGAGAAUCUGUAA